UCUGGGCUUCAGUCUAAGAACCGUUUAUCGGCCCUUUUACCCGACAGGUGGCGAUGACCCUGAUCUAUCACUAACCAGUCGAUCACACGAGCUGCCUGCAGGAUAUUUAACCACUACCUGGGUUCAAUAGGUAAGAGUGUGUCCGGACCAAAGAGAUGGCUCUGUUAAUGGAGCACCAGUUCAGACAGCUGCCAGCUGACAGACAGGUGGAAACAAGACCGUUUCUGGAGGCUGUGUCAUACCUUCCACCGUUCUUUGACUGCCUUGGUCCCACUAUAUUUGCACCAUUAAAGGCCGACAUAACUGGCAACAUCACAAAAAUCAAGGCAGUUUAUGAUACCAACCCGUCACGGUUCAAGACACUCCACCAGAUCGUGGAGGCAGAGAAAGAAAUGCAUGGAGGACAAUGGCCCAAAGUUGGAGCGACGUUGGCUCUUAUGUGGCUAAAAAGAGAUCUACGAUUUAUUCAAGUCCUCCUUCAGAGCGUGGUGGACGGUGAAAAGGAUGAUACCAACCCAUUCCUCAUCCGAAUGAAUAUCAACAAAGCCUAUGAAAGAGCCCUGCAAAUAUACCAUGGCUGGCUGGUGCAACAGCUCUUCAAAGCAGCUAUUUUCGCUGCUCCGUCUAGGACAGAUUUCCUGAAGGCCCUCUCCAAAGGCCGGGAUGUCAAAGAAGAGGAGUGCUUCGAAAAAAUCAGAAAAUUCCUCACCAACUUCAGCGCCACGGUUGAUGCUAUUUAUGAGAUAUACAGUAAGCUGAAUGCUGAUUGAAUAGACAGUGUGACUGCAGGACGUUCCUCUUCCCUCCAGUGAUCCACUUAGUUUACAAAGUCAUUUACAUUCUGCAGUCUACAUCUUGACAUGGCACCCUUCAGAUCAUCUGACAGCUCACUGUGGGAGCGUAUUUAUAAUACUCUGCUGUUACACAUCAAAUGUUUGCACUUUGAAUCAUCUGUGUGCCUGUUCUGGAUUUCUCAGUUCCUCACUGUUGUUUGACUCUGGGGCAAAGCAGCUGCAGAUUUAAACUCUUUGUUUUCUCUCUGUUUCUUGACAGGAAGAAACAAUAUACAGCCAGAUAUAUAUGUGCACAAUCAUAAACUGUUUGAUAAUUAUACCAAGAAUCGGAGUGCC